AUAAUAUUAGCUAAAAUACACUAUCAUCAACAUCAUCCAAAAUACUGGCUUACAAUCCCAAGGGAAUUUGAUGAAGCAGUUAUUUUAUGGAAUGUAAAUAAAUUGUUGAGGUUCACUGAUUUACUGAAAUCAUCAGUCAAGUUUAGGGUGACUACAUGAUCCGAAGAAUGAAGUACAAAACGUAAAUAAUUUGAAAUUUUAUUGUGUUGUGUUUUAAGUUUUUUUUUAUUUGUGAAACUUGUUCAGUUUCUUCCUUUAUCAUUGUAUACUAUUGGAUUAUCAGUGUAGUACCUUUUCAAUGCUCGAAAAUGUCAAAAAAUAAGAUUGUUAUGAAAACCUCUUCAGACAAUUCAAUCGUAGAAGUUAAGAGCAAGUUUGAUGCAGAAUUCAGACGAUUUUCACUGGAAAGAAAUCCACAAGCUAAGUUUGAAGAGUUCAAGAAUUUACUGGAGGACCUACAUAAUUUGAAAGAUAUAACUUUUCUUGUAUCAUAUAUAGAUCCCAGUGAUCAAGACUUGCUCCCAAUAAAUAAUGAUGAUAAUCUACGAAGGGCACUUUUGAAUGCAAAACCACUACUGAGAGUUAUAAUUCAAAGAAAAGGGGAUAGUCUAGAAGAACUUAAUGGCUACGGUACAAUCAAACCACAACGCAAUUUGAUAUCAAGUAUAUUAGGAGGAACCCCUGGUCGAACUAAAUCUUUAGCAAUAUCUAAUCCUCAUGACUUUCGACAAGUGUCUGCUAUCAUAGAUGUGGACAUAGUACCAGAAACAUGUCGAAGAGUAAGAUUACUGAAACAUGGCUCAGAUAAACCAUUAGGAUUUUACAUAAGAGAUGGAACUAGUGUCCGUGUCACCCAAAAUGGGCUGGAAAAAAUCCCUGGUAUUUUCAUUUCUCGAUUAGUUCCUGGAGGUUUAGCUGAAUCUACAGGUCUUCUAGCUGUAAAUGAUGAGGUUCUUGAAGUUAAUGGCAUAGAAGUGGCAGGAAAAACUCUUGAUCAAGUAACAGACAUGAUGGUAGCUAAUAGUUCAAAUUUGAUUAUAACGGUUAAACCGGCUAAUCAAAGGAUGGUAGCUCCUGUUAGACGAGGCAGCUUCAGUAGGAAUUCCCAACUUUCACAACAGUCCAGUGGCUCCCAUCAUUCCCACACAACAGCUGGAUCAGAUCAAGAUGAUCAAGAUGAAAUAGUUGAUUUGACCAAAGGACACCUAGAGAGCAGUAUGAGGGACGAAGGGGUGCUGCAUUUGUGAGAAGUAGUAAGUCAACAUGUGAUAAGAUUUGUAAGCUCUUUAAUGACCAAUAAGAAUACAAGUAUGUUGGAAUGUAUUGAUUUUUUGUGUCUUCCGAAAUUAUUUCAAUGUUUUAAGUUUAGCUAACAUUUUAAAUUCAAUUCUUCUCUAUUCAAUUCUUUUACAGUGAUGUAUAUGGUUUACUCAUUUAAGUUGCUCUAUUUUGGUAUUCGAAUUGUCGGAAAGGUAGAGUAAAGCUAUUUAUACAAUUAUGUUACAAGAAACUGAGAAUAACCCUACAUAUCAAGAUACGUUUGCUUGAAGAAUAUUUCCAUGUUAACUGUAUUAUUUAUUUUUUGCUGCAUCUACAGAACAUUGGAAAUGAAGUGGAAUCAGUAGACAAAAAUGAUUCCUAAUAAAAUUUUAUGUAUUUUUAUAGGAAUAAUAUUCGGUUAAGUACUAUCGAAUUGAAUUAGCCAGUGAUUUUUUAAUUUAUAACUCAUAUGUACUGACUUUACUGCCUACUCCACAAUCAAAAUCAUCAAACGGAUAUUUCAAUGAUUCAUUCAAUAAUUUUAGGUAAUUAUUAAAUUUUGCGGUUUUUAUUGCCCUUCAAGUCGUAUUCAAAUAAAUUUUUUAUGAAUUAUUGAAUUCAAAAUGUUCUUUGUAUCAUUUUUUUUGGCCAUCCUAUCAGAACGAAAAUUGCCUAAAUUAAUUGUUGUUUCAUUGGAGAUUAGCAUACAACUUACUUUUCAAAAAGAGCAAUUAUCAAAAGUGUUUUUUGCAAAUAUUGAAUAAUUUUUGGUGAUCUUUGAUAGUAGUUUAUGAAGACAAGAAUAAAUCUUGCUCAAAGGUAAAUGAACUUUACCUAAAUAUUGUUAUGAAUUAUCUCCUGAAAGUGGGAACUAAGUACUUAAAAUGUAACAAUGAGACUACCCAACAUUCCGAAUUGAUGAAUUCCAAUUUUAUUCUCAAGUAUUGAUUUCGUCAUUUUUAAACUGAUUAACAUAUUGGAAAUAUUUUAUUAUAAGUUAAUUUUAUUGUUAUAUUAUUGUCAGUUUUUAGUAUUUUUUAAGUAUUAUUUUUGUCAUGUAUGUGGUAUUUAAUAUACAAGUAUUGCAUUUGUAAAUAUUUUCCAUUUACUCGACGUCCUAAAACAAAUAUAUUUUGAAUAAGAUAUGAUGAGAUGGUGUAAAUACAGGGAUGAUGCUGAAAAAUAGUUUUACAAGGAUAUCGAACGUCUACUGAAAAUAAUAAAAUUGAAAAAAAUCAGUAUAUUAACUUUGCAUUUAUGAAAUUCUUUGCUAUAAAAGGUAUUGCUAAUCGGAAUUUUCCAGCAUUAUGAAGGUAGUCUAGGUAAAUGAAAAAAUUGGAGACUAAAAUUACAUCUGCGAUAUUUCUGGAAUAGUAAGUUUUAAGUAUUUAUACAGAGACAGUAUUAGAUAUUCUGGAAUGAAAUUAUUCGUACAUAACUUUUGUAUUGUAUUAUAUUCUGAUGUAAUGCAGAGACUCUUAUUUUACGUACUAUAACAUAAGAAUGCUUGAAAUUGGUACUUAGGUGUAUUGACCCUUGAACUCCUGUUAAAUAGGCAUCUUUAAUAUUUCAAUCAUUUUAGAGGCUUCUUGAACUCAAAUUCAAUAUUUCUGAAGAGUUCAAUGUUUUGCCUCUUCUAAAUCAAAUCCGUCCAGUAAUUGCCUGAAGCUAAAACAACUGCGAAUAAUUCCAUAUAUUUUUAAAUGAAAUGAAUUAAUAUACAGAAUAUUGAUGAAGUAUGUUAUAAAUAAUAUUGAUAUCAGUAGAUUAUUCAGCGUAAGAUAGGAUAAUCAUAUUUUGUAUGUUCAGAAUUUGUUGAUUCAGUUCAAUUUCCCAUUUAUUCUCACUUAUGAACGAGAAACUUUUUCAAUAUCAUAGACAGAGAAACAUUCAAUUCCAUCAUGAAUGGGAGGAGGUUCUAUUUCGAAAAAUUCAAUUUCGACUGCUGUUUUGAAGAGUUGAUUAGUACAUGUAAUAUUACAAAUGCUGUAUGCUGAUGAAACAAAUGUGAAAACAACUCGGACAAAAUAUCCACUGAAAAACUAAACAAGGGGUUAAUUUAAUAAUAGUGAGGUCUCUCAUAGUAUCAAAUCAGUUAUAUCAUUUAUCAUAUUUAGUUACAUCACAUAUGUACUUAUUGAAGUUAUUUCGAAUAUAUUUAUAUUGAGUUA